AUUCCUAUGGUGAUUUGUGACAAUUCGAAUUGAAAAUUAAAAAUUGUACUGACGAAGCUUUAAUAAUAAAUGAUUAUUCCAUAAAAAUGUCCAAAAUUAAAGCAAUAAUGUUGAGAGUACAAUCCCCAGAAGGAACCAAAAGAGUUGAAGUUAGUCUGUCAUCCUCAACAUGCCAGUUAUUCGAGGCAGUUCAUGAUACUUUCAAAUUGAACAGUUUUGCUUUUGAACUGUAUAGGGAAAAAAACAAGAAGAAUGAGAUAACUAGUAGCAAAUCCAAAACUCUACAUACCAUUGGAAUCCGCCAUGGUGAUAUGAUAUAUCUUACACCUGUGAAUGGGUCUGUUCUCUUUAAUACUGAUAAUUCCUCUGGAGAACCAAUAGAUGAUUCUACACCAUCUACUAGCUCUGCUUCAUCAAGUACAAGACCUAUUAUUAGUUCCAAUAAUAGCUCUAGUAGCUCCAGUAGACCUAGUAACAGCAUCAAAGAGGAUGAAGUUGAUUUACAACUCAUGAAACUAGAUGGCAAAAUUGAGAGAAACAGAGAUGAAAAAUUGUGUCGUCAUAAUGCCAAUUCACGCUGUGUUCAUUGUUCACCUUUGGAGCCUUAUAAUGAAGCCUACUUACGUGAACAAAAUAUUAAGCAUCUCUCUUUUCAUUCUUACCUACGUAAAAUGACAUCAGGAGUAGAUCGUGGAAAAUUCUUAGCAUUAGAAGACAUGUCUUGUCGUAUCAGGAAUGGGUGCAAGGAUCAUCCACCAUGGCCAAAAGGCAUUUGUUCCAAAUGUCAACCAAAUGCUAUAACAUUGAAUAUGCAGGCUUAUCGGCAUGUUGACAAUGUUGCCUUUGAAAAUACAAAUUUGGUGGAAAAAUUUUUGGACUACUGGCGUGUCACUGGUCACCAGCGAAUUGGCUUCCUUUAUGGGACUUACGAAAUACAUGCAGAUGUCCCGUUGGGUAUUAGAGCUAACAUCGUCGCAAUAUAUGAGCCCCCUCAAGAGAGUUCUCGCGACUCGGUGCGUCUUCUGCCUAAUGAAAAUGAAAAUAUCAUCGAACAAAUAGUAAUAUCACUUGGCUUGAGACGCGUUGGCUGGAUUUUCACAGACCUAUUAGCCGAAGAUGUCCAGAAAGGAACCGUGAAACACACGAGGAAUAUUGAAAGUCACUUUUUAUCUGCUCAGGAGUGUAUAAUGGCUGGCCAUUAUCAGAACCUGUAUCCGAACUCCUGUAGAUAUGCCUCCAGUGGUAUAUUUGGAUCAAAAUUUGUAACUGUCUGUGUCACAGGUGAUAAAACUAACCAAGUUCACAUGGAAGGAUAUCAAGUUUCCAAUCAAUGUAUGGCUUUGGUUAGAGACAACUGUUUGAUCCCAACUAAAGAUUGUCCUGAAUUGGGUUAUGUUCGAGAAUCUUCCGAUAGGCAGUACGUACCUGAUGUUUACUACAAGGAAAAGGAUUCGUACGGUAACGAGGUGUCCCGACUGGCGCGCCCUCUUCCCGUUGAAUACUUGUUGGUCGACGUGCCAGCCUCGACGCCUGUAGCGCCGCAGCGCACCUUCAACAGUGAUCCCAAUAAGCAGCCUUUUCCUGUCGAGAACCGCUUCAUCGACGGCCACAUCCAGGACUUCAACGCCCUCUCUACUUACCUGUCACAGUUUGGAGUCGGCGACUUUCACACCGCUAUCAAUGACUUCCACCUCAUCCUGUAUAUAGCUACAAUGGAGAUGUUACCUAUGCGUGAGUUUAUGGGACCUUUGCUUGAAGCUUUGAAGAACAAAGAUAGAGUAGCAGCUGAGGAAUGGUCCAGGUCUGAACAUUGGGCCACUGUUGAACAGCUCAUUGCUGCUAGUUCCCCGCCUCCCUCAAGACCAGGAAGUGUGGCUUCUGGUAGUAUCACAGCAUCACCAGGUAAUUCUAAUGGACCACAGUGGACGUGCCCUUUCUGCACUUAUCUCAACAAUGCAGAUAAUGAGAACUGUGAGAUGUGCAACUUACCAAGGUCCAAUAGACCACAUUAAGAUCAGCACACAGAACUACAGUGUAAUGUGAUUGUAAUUUGUUCACGCUUGAAAUUGAAUUAUUGAAAACCAUACCGGAUAGAAUUUCAACUAACAAUAUUUGUUUCUUAAUGGAAGUCAAUAUUUUUCUAAAUUAACAAGCUGUUCCGUUUGAGAAUUUCUUAUAAGUAUUGUACAUAAUAAUAUAUCAAGUUUUAUUCAAUUUUUUCUG